AUGCAGGAAGAAGUGUUCAACCGUCCACAGGAGGAGUGGCUGGCCCCUUCUCAAAAAUCUCCAGAUGUGGAGAAGGUACCGCUUCUGUUGAUCCGCUGUUCCACCGAAGUCCAGAAGCUCUCCAGUCUUGUCCUGCCCUCGGAGGUCAUCAUCGCCCAGAGCUCCAUCCCCGGGGAGGGGCUGGGCAUCUUCUCCAAAACCUGGAUCAAAGCCGGCACCGAGAUGGGACCCUUCACCGGCCGGAUCAUCUCUCCGGAGCACGUGGACCUCUGCAAGAACAACAAUCUCAUGUGGGAGGUCUUCAAUGAAGAUGGGACUGUUCGGUAUUUCAUUGACGCGAGUCAGGAGGACCACCGCAGCUGGAUGACCUACAUCAAGUGUGCCCGGAAUGAACAGGAGCAGAAUCUGGAGGUGGUCCAGAUUGGGAACAGCAUCUUCUACAAAGCCAUUGAG